UGUCAUAACAAAACUGCGAUUGUCAACAUGCCAGCAGCAGCACUGACAGAUGAAAAGAGACUGCUCACGGUGACGUAUUGCAGUUGAACAGCUGAUCUGGCAACAACUGGCAGUUCACCGAAAGGACCCGAUGGCUUCUGCGCGGAGGACAUAAUUAAACGCAGUUUAACAGUGCACAGACAAGGUGCGAAGAUGAAACGAACAUGAUCAGCACCGAUGGCCCCUCCAUCAAGUGCCAGGAGACACAGGACACCGGGAGGAGGAGGCGGCGAGCGCCAGAAAUGCUGCACCUCAUGUUCGCUGUCUCCGUGUGGCUGGUGACGGGCACCACUAUAUCAUGCCUGAACAAAUGGAUAUUUGCCGUGUACAAUUUCAGAUACCCGCUGCUUCUGUCAGCCCUUCACAUGCUGACAGCAAUUGUGGUUGACUACGGACUCAUCAAAUGGAGGGUUAUCCAGCUAAAAGGGAUCGGUGAACAGGAUUUGACCACAAGCGCCAAAUGCAAAGUAUUCCUGUUGAGUUUGACAUUCUGUGCCAGUAUAGCGUUUGGAAACGUGGGACUCAAUUACGUCCAGCUUUCAUUCGCGCAGAUGAUCUACACCACAACGCCGUUAUUUACUCUGGCAAUUUCCACGCUGAUCCUCGGAAAGCAACACCAUUUCCUGAAGUACACCGCGAUGAUGCCCAUCUGUCUCGGGGCAUCGUUCGGCAUAAUGGGUGAGGUCCAGUUCGACCAGACGGGCUGCCUUUUUGUGUUCGCCGCCACGAUGUUACGAGGUGCAAAAACCAUUCAACAAAGCAUCUUGCUCCAGGAGGAGAAGAUCAACUCUGUCUUCCUACUGUACCUGAUGUCCAUCCCCAGUUUCUGCAUCCUGGCCAUAGCCGCGCUGGCUCUAGAGAACUUGGCAGCGCUCCAGUCUCCUUUCCAGUAUGACCACCACCUCUGGGGUUUCAUUCUGCUCAGUUGCCUGGGCUCAGUGCUUUACAACCUGGCCAGCUGCUGUGUCAUCACCCUUACUUCCGCUGUCACAUUGCACAUCCUGGGCAAUCUGAACGUGGUGGGCAACCUGCUGCUCUCCCAGCUGUUGUUUGGGUGUGAACUAUCAGCUCUCAGCUGUGCUGGAGCUGUCCUAACUCUCUCUGGAAUGAUCUUCUACCAGAACUCAGAGUACAUUGUUGCUUACCUUGAUGCACGUCGAGCCCAGGCACCGUCCGAAGCCAGUGAUCAGAGAGAGGAAGGGGUAUGUGCCAAGGAGACUGACUCAAGCAUAUCAACGCCAACUUCAGAAUCAACUACAGAACCUGAUUCAGAACCAUCUCUACAAUUAUCUGCAGAACCAGCUCAAGAACCUAUUGAGAGGACAGAUAAUCAGACCCAUGAGAAAACAGACUGAAGACCCUCAAAAUAGAUGGAUUUUGGGGAUGUGUUCCAAAACCAAGGAAGCUGCCUUGUUGUCUACGGCCUACAUAGAUAGUUACCUUCGAAUGGCACUUUUCCACUGCACGUUACGGUUGAACUCUGCUCAUUUUACUUUUCUGAGCUUGCUUUUCCACUGCAGUUUAGUGCCGCCUCAACAUGGGUGGAAUUAUAGGCUGAUCGGCAUAGUUGCGCGGCCUCUACUGCCGUGACAUCAUCUUAAACGUGACACAAACAUUACUGACCGUAACAAUAACAAGACCGCUAGCUGUUAGCUACUAGCUCAUUGUGCUGCAUAAAGCAGUUGUUGCAUGGUGAUUUUACACAUGUGUAACAGUUAAAUUGGCCUGGUUGUUUUAGAAGCAAGCUUUCCAGUAGCUGGUCAACUAAAUAAAGUGAAGCUUUCAAGUAGAAUAUAGAGUUAAAGUAACAAAACGUACCAUCUUCCAUCAUGGACUCCAACAAUGCUGUGACUGAGUCCAGGGCACUCUCCCGCCCAUUGCUUGCCGGUCUAUUUGGUUGAACCACUUCCAUUUUCUUCUGUUCGAACCACUCUGUUGGUUGUGGUCUUUGAUGGUUCUGUAGUCACUUGUAAGUUUUUUUUACUUUUCCCUACACUGUUGGUCUGGUGGUAGCCAUGUGUGGCCAACAGCUGAGACACUUCCUGAAAGACUUUUUGUUUUCAUCACUAACGAGAGGAACGUCUGCACCUCGUUGCUAACUUUAAAGCUAGCGGGCUGAUGUCCUGUGUUGCAAAUCCAGUGACACAGGUAGUGACGAUUCUCUCUGACCAAUCAGUGAUCUGCAGGGUUUUGACGUCACAUUUAGUAUCUGCUCGCUUGGAACCUCGACCGAGGUGGUUCUAUAAAAAGUACUAGCUCCUAUUCACAGUGGAAAACCCCCAAAAAGCGUGCAGAGUCGAGCUGUACCGUGCAGUGGAAAAGCCCCAUAAGUCAGCAUCUUAACUGAGAUGGGACCUCAUUAGUGACCAAUUUGGAGCAUUCUAUGAAUGCAACAACUCUGUGUGUCAUCCAAAUAUCGCUCAUCACAUUAAGUGCAGGAGACUCUAUGCACAAUUGAUUUCAGUAGAGUUUGCCUUAAGCAUGUUGCUAAGCUAACAGCGUUAUUAUUCUAAUAAUUAUAAAAUACAUAACACACACAAAUAUUGGGUAAAAUAGAUUUGCAUUAUUUUUACCAAAACUCAUACCUAGACAUCAAAUAUUGAAUUAAUUAAAAUUAUAUUUAUUUUCAAUAUUUCUCUUGCUUUUCAAUAGAGUUUGACAUUAACAUGUUGCUAAGCGAACAACGCAUAAUACAAGAUGUUGAUUAGUGGUUGACCAAUAUGCAUUUUUUAAAAGACAGAUACCAGUAUCUAGCAGUCAGAUUAGUCAAUGGUCGAUAAAUAAGAUGUCCACAAAAUUGUCUGGAAAAUUAUUUGACACAAAACAGUAAAUGUGCAUUAUUGUGGAAAUAACAAUCCACCACAUUGAGAAAAGUGUUGCUUUGGUAAUCAUAAUUAUGAGAUACUAAGUCAUAUUAAUAAGAAAAAAAUAUAUAUAUUUUUUAAUUCAAAGUCAGAAUUUGGAGAUAAAAAUGUUGAAUGUAAAUAUACUUUUAAUUUAUUCAUCACUUAUAAUAUUGGUAUUUAGGUAUGAGCAUUGGUAAAGAAAAGAGUUCAAUUCUAUUUAAAACUGGCCUAUUGUACCGAAUAUAUGUGUGUGUUAUGUAUUUUUAUGAUUAUUAGAAUAUUGCAUUGUUAGCUUAGCAACAUGCUAACAGCAAACAUUAGUGAAAUCAAUUGUGAGUCAAGUCUCCUUUGCACUUAACAUGAGGAGUGAGUUUCUGCCUAUAUUGAUCGCUACAAAUCUAGCAAAAUAUACUCUAGUCUGUACAUUUUGGUCAAAAAAUUGUAUCUUAGAAGGCAGCAUAAUCAUGAUAUUAUGACAUGAGUGGACCUAUGAUGCCCUAAAAUGCUGACUACUUAGGUAGCUCACUAUGUUUUGGAACCAAGCAUGGAUCUUGCACAGGAAGACUGAGCAGCAAGUCCUUUGAGGAAGUCUCAUUCAAAUUAAGCCAGAGAGGUGCUAGCUGGUUAAGAUAGAGACAAUUAUGUUAUUGGAGGUUUGGUUUUCUCAGUACCUCUUCACUGUGCCAAUGUAUUUAAUUUCAGUCAUCCCUCCAAUGGAGAGCCACCAAUCCACAAAGCUAUGAAAAUGACAGUAUGUCUGUCAUUUUCACGUUACGUGCAAAGGAGACAGAUGCCUUUUUUGUUUAUGAAUGUGACAGUUUUUUAGGGUUUUAUUGCCUCUUUUGCCAACAUAUAGUUUUAGCGCAUUAAAAACUCCUGCAUGAGCACAAAGAAGAUCUACAGUAUCCUGCUGUCACCACACUGACUGCAUGUACUGCACUGUGAAAAACAACGGCUUUAAUCACUCUGGGCCCCCUUAAAACAGACAUCGUAGCUGUUACUGGACUUAAUGCAUGUUUUGAAUACAAAAGAUGGCCACAAAUUAAAAAAUACUUUGGAAUAAUAUAUUUUUAGGUACUGUUACACAGUAGCCUUGAUUUGAUGUUAUGGGAGGGCAUUUUUAAGGCAGCUUUCUGUAGGAUGCCAUGUUUGUUUGAACAAGGAUCCUGUGUUCGUUACAGCACUACCAUGUUUUGUCUAGGUUACGUUUACAUAAUGGAGAUGAGUGAGACCAGUCGAUCCUCAAUUCAGUGCUGGUGUAUUUGUCUUUGAUACAAAGGCAUAUUUAUUUCUCAGAUAUGUGGUUUUAAACCUCUUUGCAUUGUAAAAAGGUUUAUGAAAUAUUUUCUGAAACAGACAAAUGUCUGGGCCAUGUUUCACCCCAAAAUUAAAAAUGUAUUUUUCUCGUUAAUGUAAUGAAAUACUACCAUAAAACAUAGAUACCUUACAAUUUGAAUAAUACGUCAUUUGAUUAGAUUUUCUGAGACUUUCGGAAGAGAUUCACUCCAAAUCACACCCCCUCAUUUUCAAUAAUGUAUGCUGCAUUACAGUACUGAGAAUGAUAAUUGUUUUUGCAUUAUGUUACUGAGAAUUAGAAGAGGAAUGAGGAGCUUAAUUGUGAUGUCACAUUGCAAACACACUUUUAUUUAUUUAUGUACUUCUUUUUGUAUUUAUUUUUAGCAAAUAAUAAAAAAAAUUGCCUUUUAAUUUUUAGGUGACAUAUGACCUGGACAUGUUUUUGACAGGCUUCAUGAUAUUCACGUGUGAUUCAUCCAGAUUAAUCAUCACAUUGGCAGUUUCUUAUAUCAUGUUAUGAAUAUAACCAUAUCCCACCAGAGGCAGACAGGUUUAUAAUGGUCUUUCUUAUAUAAUUCCCAGUGCAGAUAAUUAUUAAUUGGUCUCUCUAAGGAGUCUCCUACAUCUUUAGCACACUAUGAUCUCUUUGGAGGACUCAAAAUGUUAUUCUUGCUCACAUUGUCCUCUUUAAAGAUCUCACUAAAUAGUCUCCUUGGUCUCACUCGUCUCCUGUAAGUGGGUGCUCAUCCUUUCUCAUUGGUUUCUUUAUUUAUUGUUUUGUUUUUCAUCUGACGCCUGCUGGACAGUAUUAUUUUCCCUCCAUUCUGAAUUGUGUAUCUUUGAUGCUGUUGUAGGAAAUCUAACAGAGGUUAUAGACCAAGGUACAAAGGAAGGUCAUUCCCUCAACAAGUUUUUUGCCAUCUGUUUGAUAGAAUGCAAACAUGCUUUUUGAAGUGCAUUGGAUAUAAAAAGCUAUAUAUAUAUUAUAGGAAUUUUGCUGGUUUCAUAACUUGAUGGGAAUUCGUUAGCAGUGUUCAAUAUAUUUUAGAUACUUGUUCUCAUAAAGAUGACUAGUAUGAAUAAGUUGGUAUUUUCCUUCCAUUUGUGGGUACUUUAAAAUGGCUAACUGGAAUUUGGUUUGCAGCAGGAUGUUAUCCAACUUCCUUAUGGAUGUGAAUGUAUAAUACCGGAUAACAAAAGUGUAGUCAGUCUUAUGGAACCUAUUCUAAACUUAAGUGUGCCUACCUGAGGGGCUCUGAUUUUACAAGCACCAGCCUUUCAUGCUUUAUUUAUUAGAAGGUCUCAACUGUCUAUUCGCAUUUCAAUGUUUUCACACAUAUCAUUUCUAGUGAACAGCAUAAUAAUGGAAAAAGCAUUAUACAAGAUGUCCAUUAGUGGUCAUCCGAUAUGGGUUUUCCAAUGGCCGAUAUCUAGAGAUCAGAGUAGUCAAUGGUCGAUAUAUAAGCCGUUUAGUUAUAAACAGAAAAUGUGCAUUAUCCAUUGAAAAGGUCGGUAGAUUUCGGAACUGACACAAGGGGGAGCAAGCACUUCUAUGCAUUGGUUUUCAUCUGAUUAGUCAGCCUGGGUGACAUGAUAUUGGUCUAUUACUACAUAUUUACAUUAUGUUUGUUUCAGUCCUUUAUCACAAGCACAGUGGUUAUCUUACUGUUUAUUACAAACACAAUGAAAGCAACGAUUGCGGUCUCUAAUUCUAAAUACUCAUCACCUUCAAAGAUGAGGUGAGGGUAUGUCACUUAAAUACCUCAGAUGUUCUUGCUUAAUCCUGUGAUGAAGUGUGUUUACGUUUAACAGUGAGUUGAGAAAUGGUUUUAAUUCUGAGAUCUGUUAACAGAGAGACAUUUAAUGUUACUGACGGUUUUGAUAUGUCUUAUGGGUUGCAGCGCAAAAUUGCACAGAAGAUUUGCAUAAUUGUACGGCUCUUGUGUAUAUAUGGUUUAUAAUGUCAGCAAAACAUCAGAUGUAAAUGCUUAUUUUAUUAUAAUAAUGUAUUUUACAAUUAUGGACAAAU